ACUCAUUUUGUUAGGAUCUUAUGUUAUACUGGAGUAAAAUAUGCUCCCAGGUUGAAUAUCAAACAAGCUGAAAAGCAAUUUCUGUUUGAUUGAAAAACAAUAAAAUCUCUGAAGAAUUUAGGUCUUUGCUGAGCAAACAUUUAAAUUUUCAGGAGAAGUUGCUAGGUUAAAUGGACAGACUUGAGAAAGCAUUUAGAAACAGUUUGAUUCAUUGUAACAGAUCAACAAGAUACUGUUACUGUGGGUUAUCUACUGGGACAUGAAAAUAGCUUCGAUGUGGAAAACUUUAUAAUAAAGCAAGUGUAUUGACAAAAAUGGAAGUUUACUUAAAUAUAGUAAUUAAAAAUGAAAAUUAAAGCAUUGGGGAAACUUUUAAAGGAUUUCCCAAGGCAAUUAACUUUGCUUUUGCGUAUAGAAUCAUAACAUUUUGGAGCUGGAAAGACCUUAGAGAUAAUUUGGUAUUCAAUCACUUUACUUUAAAAGUUGUUACCAAAAAGAUGUAAUUAUAAGGAAGUAUGUGGAGAUUUAUUUUACAUAGACUUUCAGUGUACAAGUAAAAGAUCAUAUCCAAAUCAUUUUUCUGGUCACUUCUCUCUGACAGUCAUAGAAUCAAUCAUAUUAUCUCUCUGACAGUCCUCAUAGAAGUGAAGGUUUAGUGGAUUAUCUUUAAACCUUUAUUAAGGGCAUAAUUUCCUGUAGGUCUGUGCUAAGCCCUAUGGAGUGAUUAAGGCCCAGUCACCCAGCUACCCUAAAAUAGAGGGACUGGCUGAUUUCACUGCUUAAAGCUUUCUAUACAGAAUUUAUAUAGCAAGAAACAAAUGACUGACAAAUUACAAAUGGUAAGGACCAAUCUCAAAUUGACAUGUUCCUAUGUCAACAGGUCUUUCUAUUUCAGCUUACUUAAGUUGAGUUGCCAACCUGAGAACUAAUGUAGCAAACUACAUGAAAGAAAUUGUAAAUUAUCUAAACUCAGAAAGUAUUGAUUGGUAUUUGCCCUCCCUUUCCCCUGCAGUUUAAAUGGAUAAAAUUAGCAAUUGUUUCCUUUUGUCAACGAGUGCUUUUUAAUAUUGCUUAAACAAAAAUGAAAAUAAGAUUUUAAGUACAGUUUUUGUUCCAGAUUUGGCAGAUGUACCUAGACCAAGCAGAAACAGUUUUGGGUAUGGCAUAUCUAUAGCAAAUAUAAGUGCUUUUAAAAGCUGGGGGAGCAAUUCUAUAAAGGUAUGUUAAGAGGAAUAAGGGAUGGAAAUGCAGUCUAACCCCGCAAAGACUUGAGGUCUAUAUCUCCAAAGGCAUUUGAAAUCCACAUGAUACAGUGAAAUCUAUCACAAAUUAGCAUUGUACUAGGUAACAUGAUUGAAUUUAAGUUUUUGUAGGCUGUAUGUGAAGAGUCAGUUUGGCUAUAUUCUUCAUUCAAAAACAAUCUUAAAAAAAAACCCAACUUUAAUCAUAUUAAACUGAUAUUGGCAGAUCUCUAUUUGUGGUCAGGCAGUUUUCCCCAUUCACUUCGGGGAUUUUUAAGGAAAAGGCUUUUGUAAACUUUAAAAGCUCUUAUAAACAAAUGUCCACGAUUAGUGUCAUUUUCAGAGCUGAGUUUGGUGUAGACAUAACUAAUGAAUAGUUAAUAUUUUUCUGCUUUAAAUUGUCUUGGUUCCCUGAUUUUAUACAUUUAUUUAGUAGCAUCUAAUUGUGUGCUUAUUUAGUAUUUGUUAGUACUUUAAUAGGGAUCUUUUGUCUUUAUUGAAGGUUAAAAGAGUGCAAGUGCGUCAUCAUUCACAGAUUUGUAUCUAAGCCAGUUAUUAAUUAGGAGGGGCAUACGUUUUAUGACAGAUUUACGAAUGGCUUCACGUAUGACGGAUUGGUCAGUUUUGUUGAGGAGUGUUUGCUGAAAACAAAGGCACUUUUUUCCUUCCUCGAAAAGUUACGGGCGCCUAAUUUCUUGUGCUCAUGCUCAUGGGUUACUAUUUCUAACUGCUACCUCCAUCACCAGAAGGAGGGACAGAACCGCAACCAGCCAGCUUGGCGGUGGCCAAAACAAGGUAAAGUAGGCAUAGCCACAUUCAGGCUGCCCAAACAGCACGAGAAUCUCUUCCUAGAAAGAAUAUGCUCCCUAUCUGUGCUGUGUCCCGGGCAGUUAGAGACAGUUCUCUCUGCCUUCUCCGUCCGGGGCAGCCCCUUAACUGUCCCAGGCCCGGGAGAGAUUCCUUAGCCUCAGGUGUCAGAGUCUCCUCCCCCGGCUGCGGGUGGCAGAGCGGCCGUGCGCGAAUGUCGGGGACUUCCUGUCUGGGCUGCAGGGCGGAAGGAUCGCGUUGCUAGUCGAGCCGCCGCUGCAGCCCCUACCGUUAGGUGCUGGGCUUCUCGCCGGGCGGACGCCUGGGAGCUGGGCCGGUUCCGCGGCUUCCUGUCGGGAGGACGCGCAAGGAUCCUUCUGUGUGUGUAUGUGUGUGUGUGUGUGUGCAAGUGUGUGUGUGUGCGUGUGCGCCUCUGACUGCUGGUUCCGCCUCCUCCCCCGCCGCCGCCGCUGCUCCUAGCGUUAAGUCAAUGUGAAGCAGCAGCAGCAGCUCCAGCCCCGGGAUAAACAUGGCGACUUCUCUGCAUGAGGGGCCCACCAACCAGCUGGAUCUGCUCAUCCGGGCCGUUGAAGCAUCCGUUCAUAGUAGUAAUGUACACUGCACGGAUAAGACAAUUGAAGCUGCUGAAGCCUUGCUUCAUAUGGAGUCUCCAACCUGCUUGAGGGAUGCUACAAGUCCUGUGGAAGUCUUUGUUCCUCCUUGUGUGUCUACUCCAGAGUUUAUCCAUGCUGCUAUGAGACCAGAUGUUAUCACAGAGACUGUAGUUGAAGUGUCAACUGAGGAGUCAGAACCUAUGGAUACCUCUCCUGUUCCAACCUCACCAGAUAUCCAUGAGCCAAUGAAAAAGAAGAAAGUUGGCCGUAAACCAAAGACCCAACAACCAGCCAUUUCCAAUGGGUCCCCUGAGUUAGGCAUCAAGAAAAAACCCAGAGAAGGCAAAGGUAACACAACAUAUUUGUGGGAGUUCCUUUUAGAUCUCCUUCAGGACAAAAAUACCUGUCCUCGAUAUAUUAAGUGGACGCAGAGAGAAAAGGGGAUAUUCAAACUUGUGGAUUCCAAAGCUGUAUCCAAGCUCUGGGGAAAGCACAAGAACAAACCGGACAUGAACUAUGAAACUAUGGGAAGGGCCUUGAGAUACUACUACCAAAGGGGGAUUCUUGCAAAGGUAGAAGGGCAGAGGCUUGUAUAUCAGUUCAAAGAGAUGCCAAAAAACAUUGUUGUCAUAGAUGAUGACAAAAAUGAUACUUGUAAUGAAGAUUUAUCAGCAACUAGUGAUGAAAAAUCAUUGGAACGAGUUUCAUUAACUGCCGAAAACCUCCUGAAAGCAGCAGCUUCUGUACGUGGAAAGAACUCAUCUCCUUUAAACUGUACCAGGGCUGAGAAAGCUGUAGCCAGAGUUGUGAACAUCACAUCCUCUGGGCAUGAGGCUUCCUCAAGAUCUCCUUCUACCACCACUUCUGUUUCAGCAUCAGCUGCCCCAAGAACAGUCCGUGUGGCAAUGCAAGUGCCUGUUGUCAUGACCUCUUUGGGACAGAAAAUUUCAACUGUGGCAGUUCAGUCGGUCAAUGCAGGCUCAUCAUUAAUAACCAGCACCAGCCCCACAACAGCAACCACUCCAAAGGUUGUAAUUCAGACAAUCCCUACAGUGAUGCCAGCGUCUACUGAAAAUGGAGACAAAAUCACCAUGCAGCCUGCCAAAAUCAUCACUAUCCCAGCCACCCAACUUGCACAGUGCCAGUUGCAGACAAAAUCAAGUCUGACUGGAUCAGGAAGCAUCAAUAUAGUUGGGACCCCGUUGGCCGUGAGAGCACUCACCCCCGUGUCCAUAGCCCAUGGGACCCCCGUAAUGAGACUCUCAGUGCCUGCGCAGCAGGCAUCUGGCCACACUCCCCCCCGAGUCAUCAGUGCUGUGAUCAAAGGGCCAGAGGGGAAGCCUGACACCAUGGUGGUAAAGCAGGAGCCUGAGGUGAAGACUCUGCAGCUGGUCCAGGAGGAAAAGCCUGCAGAUGGAAGCAAAGCGGUGACCCACGUGGUGGUAGUCAGCGCUCCUUCCACCAUUGCUCUUCCACUCACGGUGAAACCAGAAGGCACCGUGACCUGUGAGAAGUGAGGCAACUCCCAGGCUACAGCCAGCACCCAGCUGGCCUGCCCAAGACACGGACUGACACGGAAACACUGAUGGGAUGUCAUCAAGAACAUUUGGAAAGACUUGAAAACUUUUUUAAUGCAUAUAAGAAAGCAAUCAGAGACAUACUGGAAAUAAAUUACCUUUAUCCCAUGUUUAAGUGGGAAAUGAACUACACAUUGAGAUGCUGACAGAAAACUGCCUCUUACAAUAAGAAAAUGUUAACAUAUAAAUAUGAAAAAGGAUUGAAAAAGGGACCAAGCUGUUCACUACAUUAUCAAGUUACACUAAGACUUGGAACACUAAAAUAAUUCUGUAAGAGGUGAUCUUUUAGGAUAGGGGAGGGGGGAUAGGAAGGAUGGUCUCAUUGUUACAAAUAGCAAAUUUUGAUGCAUUUUUUUUAUGCAUACCAGCAAUUAUUACUGUGUGAACACAGUACUCACUUAACUGGUGCUAUGUGAAGACUCUGCUAAUAUAGGUUUUUUAGAAUGUGAACUGAAGAACGGAUCCAAAAGCUUCUGAAAGAGGACAACGGAGAAAAGAGACCUAGUGGAAUUUUUGUAUCAUAUAGCUUAAGCUGAUUUAAAACAAAAGCCUUAGACUGAUUUUCAGUUUUUCUUUCUUGAAAUAAGCUAAUGGCUUGUUUGUGUAAAGCUUUUUUUAUUAAAAGAAAAAUUUUAAAAAUCUUGUACCUAGCACAGUAUUGUUAUAGAAUUUACAUGUAACAUAUUUUGUAUGGUAGUUGAAGUCUGUCGCUUUCUUAAUUGUGGACAUAGUAGCAGCUGGCUUUUGGCCUUUGCUGACACAUGCCUGUGCCGCUCCCCCAGCCUUGGCAUAUGUGCGUACACUUCAGUCUCAGCUCUACUCUUUCACUAGAAAGUUCACGCUCGGCAUGAAUUUUUGUCAGGUAGUUUUAAACCUGUAUUUCUUUCUUUUCUUUUCUUUUUUUUUUCAGUUCAACUUAAAGGAGGGAAAGUACCAGUGUUCAGAAUUGAACUAUAAUAGUUUGUAUAUUCAACAUUUGAAGUAUAUUAUAUUUUGUUGUACUCUUGUUUCAAAGUGUAUUCACAUAGGUUUUACUGAAAAUAUAGAAAUGAAAUUUA